CAAGCUGUUCCCACAAAUGGCGGUGACUUUUCGUUCAUUUGGACUCAAAGUUACACCAAUUUUUGCCUUUUAUUUACGUCAAUUUUGGAGAACUUCACUACAAGUUUUAUAGUAGGCUAAAGACUUUGUAACAACGUAACUUUCUGGGAUGGAUGCCCGUGGAGAUUCCGCCGUAAAUUCAUUACCGUCCGUUUCAAACUCGUCUGUUGAAUCUGUUAAUGCAAAUGCUAAUGUCGAUGAGUUGGAUCCGUUAAUUCUUGGAGCCUCGGAAGAAGUUAACACUUCUUCGGUCUGUAACGACGACGGAAACAAUAUCCACUCUUCGAAGAACGAUGUUCGCGACGAAACUUUUAUUUCAGAAGUACUAGGUCUUCAGAGGAAAUCUCCUUUAAAUUCACCUUAUACAUACAACGAACAGUCAAAGAUAGCAAACGAGAUAAGCAUAAGUGAUGUUGAAAGUCGUUUGAAGGCAGGGGUCGAGGUUCUUACGAACUCCAGGGAUGUCAGCGAUAAAAUGAACGAAAAUGUGAGAAACCAUAACUUGCUGGAUACAGAAACUUCGGGCGUUACGACUACUGUGGUUUCAGAGGGACUUUCACUGGAGAACGCUCGAGGGAUUGUUGUCGUUGAACAAGUCGCUCUGGAUCAGAUUAACGAGUUGAUCGCAAGCACUACGCAGUUACAAGAAUACAACUCUAGUAAUGGCGUUUUAGAUGAAGACCAGACUCACAGAGGAGAAUUCUCGAGUGAAAGCCAAUCAGAGACAUGUAGUUCGUCAUCAAAUGAAAAUAAAGGCUUAAGGACGAGAAAACCGCCACAAGAUAAGCUUACGGAAUCUACCGAUACUUCGGAGGGAGAAUCAGCCGAAUUGUUUUUGAAGAGAUUCGAAGACCUUGACACUAAACAAAUUGCCGAAACUCUCGCUAAUGAACUCAAGAAGUAUUCAAUACCACAAGCUGUUUUUGCGCGAAAAGUUUUAAAUCGUUCUCAAGGGACAUUAAGUGACAUUUUGAAGAAGCCAAAACCUUGGAACGAGUUGAGAGGUGGCAGGGAAAUAUAUCGUAAAAUGAAGGAGUGGUUAGAUCUGCCAGAAGUAAAGAGGAUCCCACAAUUGAGGGCAGAAGGUGAGGGACGCUUUGGUGUGAAAAAAUGUUUUCCUCCCGGCGGUUACUUGGGUUAAUUGCAGCUGGGUAUGUGCCGCUGGCCACUCAGAACCCCAUACCCCAUUAUAGUCUAUUCUGACUGUGGCCAUAUUAUAAACCCCAUCUUAGUCACUGUCUGCUUAUGCAACUACCUCAUAAAGCCUUUGAACUAGAACACCCUGAAAUGAACUGCCACAUUUUUGGUAACUUAAUGUGGUCUAUACCUAAUUGCAAUAACGUUGUCGUAGAAAAAUGAAAAAAGGAAAAAGCCAAAUAGGAAUUAAUUAGGCUAAUAAGCCUCAUGAAUUCAUUUGCAGCAUCCGCAUAGGGACGUCGUGAUUUGCCUGUUGGAAUUUGCUAUUGUUUUAAAGCUGAAAAACAAUAAAAAAAAUUCCAGCAGGGAAAUGCAGGAGCUGCAAAUAAAUCCACCCUGAGAGUAUGGCUUAAUUAGCCUAAUUAAUUCCUUUUUGGCUUUUUGCUUUUUUCAUUUUUCUACGACAACGUUAUUGCAAUUAGGUGUAAAUCUUUCUAUUUUUAAAUCCCUAAAUCCUGUCCCUGAAUUUUCUGCCCCCAAGAAUCUGAAAAUGCACUAUCCCAUUCUAGUAACUCUUACAAGAAUGUAACACCAUAAUAGUCAAUCCAGUUGUGAAAAUGCGACCCCAUCCAGCAGCACAUGCUUAUUAGCCUACUUCUAGGGAUUACCCUCCCCCAGGGAUUUUCCUUUCUUUCAGCACCGUUUGACCAAACUGUUUUGUUUAAACCUGUGUUGCUCAUUGUGGCACAUUUUCAUAAUGCUCUUUUGUUGACCAACUGUAAGCUUAAGGUGGUAAGGUUUUUCAGGGUCAAUACAUCGAACAUUUGAGCUUAAAGUACAUGGCCAUUAAUACCAUUGAUACCACCAGAGCUGUAUCAGGUAAAGAUGAAAAUUUGUUGUGAUCAAGGUUGCAAUGACAUCGGAGUUGUCAUAGCAACAAAAUGAUGCCUAGUUAUUUCUUUUAUUUGCAAAUGUAUUUCUUGGCACUGGAAAAUGUUCUUCGAAAAUUGUUCAUGGGAACUUUUUCUAUUGUAACCCUGAUCAUAACAAAUUUUCAUCUUUACCUAAUUCAGCUGUAGCGGCAAUUUUUCCAAAUCUUUGUUAAUGGUGACAUGGGAGGUAUUGACCCUAAAAAACCCUGUCGGGCCACCUUAAUGGUUAAUGCUCCUUUAUUAAUGUUAGGCAAUUUCAUUUGCUAAGAAAUGUUUUUUUUUUCCCAAGAGGACAAUAACAUGAGACUUCCUAAUUGAUAGACAGUACUAACCUGGGGCCAUCCCAGAGGGUCAACCCGGGGACGUUAUUUUUGCUGCAGAUGGCAGGCGGGGGGAGGGGGGGAAUGAAUCACUUUUGAACUUUUGUAUCAUUAUCCCCAGGAAAAGACCCACAGGAACUGCACCUACAUUGUAUAGACAAGAAAAAAUAUUCAAUGUGUCCUACAACAAUAGAGUCAGUCCUUUCCCAUUCUUUGACUUGGUUACAAAUUAAGUAAGCUGAACUUCAUCACAUGUGGUAUAUAUGUGCACUUUAUUUGCUUAUUUUUUUAAUCAACCUUCAAUAUAAUUUAAAGUUCUAUAAAAGAGGUAUUUCAAAUAAAAUGUUUCAUUGCUGGUUUUCAUUGUUACACCCUCCAAAAAUAAAAAUUGAAACUCGUCCACAGAUAAAGUCAAUAAUCCAGGAGAUGAAAGAAGAUAAAUAGCACAGUCUUGCCAAAAAUCAGUUCCAUUAACUUUUUCUUUUGUAAGAUAUAAAGAGAAAUGUUUUUCUGAGAAAGAUGAAAUGUAGAUUAUUUCACACUUGUCAAGAAAAAUCAGCUCAGCAUGUGGGGUUUGGUUAGGGUUAGGAUUAGGGCACAUCUGACUAGUGGUGCCUUUGCCAUGUUUCAUUGCCUGUUCAGGGCUCAAAAAUAAAAAGAUCCUCAGGUCACCUUUUGGUGACCAACUGGAGAAAUAUAGUCGCCAGAUGCAAAUUUUUAGGCACCAGUUUGUAUAAUCUAAAUGAUGCAGCCCAUAGUAUCAGGGCUUCUGAUAUUUAGGGAGGUCGCGGAGCUGCGAAAUUCAGGUAAACCCGCAAAAUUCACAAAAAACAUGCAAAUUACUGUGGAAUUCAUGAGAAAUCUUAUCAUAUAAAUGAACACAUUUGAAACUUAUCUCGGCUAUUGGGGCUGUUUAAUUGCCGUAAACUUGCAAAUUUAUCUUGAAACUUCAUCACCACAAUGAGUGAAUGUCCCAAAACUACCAGGUGUAAAUUAUGUUGCGAAAAACUGGGUACUAGUCAUGAUGUUAAAAUUUUUGCCAUUGGCUCAUUUCUCAAACGCUUUGUUGUUAGAAUAGCAAAAUUAUCAUCUCUGUUAAAAAAACAACAAACACACUUGUCAAAUCAGCACAAAAUCAAUCGAUUUCUAGUGAAAUUUGUCCAGAAAGUUCCCACAACAUCGGCCAUUUUUUACCGAUUUUUUUCGGAGAAUCUGUCUGAAAAUCCCGCAAAAUUUGACUUUUUUCCGCAAGCUAUCAGAAGCCCUGUAGUACGGCGUAAUCCAUCAGAUUUGAUUGUUUGAAAUUAUCAUGGACAAAUAAGUCGGUAUAAAUGUGGAGGUAAACUGGCUUUGCUUAUGCGGUUUGGCAUAUUUUUUAUCACGAAAGCAAAGCAAGAUAAGAUGAAAUGUUUGUUUUAACUUUACUGUUUUAAUAAUCAUUUAAAUCUAAAUCAUAGAGAAAUCUGGUCAACAAAGUGGCAACUAAACCAGAAUUUUUAGUUGCCAAGGAGAAAAUGUUAGUCGCGUUGGCAAACAUAUCAGUCACAAUUUCAAGCCCUGCAGUUUCAGUCACACUAAGUCACACAUUUGAUGUGAACCAAAGAUCAUCAAAGGUAACUUUUUGUCCUUUAAGGAGCAUGGGACAAUGAAAAAACAUUUAAGCCACCAGUAGGUUUGGAACUUUGACUUAACAAUGUCAGAAUGAUUUUUCUCUUACUUAAUACCAGAGAAACUGCAUCUUUUUUAAGUACAUGCAAAAACAGCAUAGUAAAUUCCUUUACUCAUCCACUCUGAUUGAUGCUGAUUAUGUUCUUUCAGCUGCCUUGGAACUUGAUGCUAAAGCUAGAAAAGAACAUGCUGAAGAUCCACCAACCAAGAGGGCAAGACUUUACUUUACAGACUCCCAGAAGAGAGCCUUGUUUGCUAUUUUCAAAGAAACCAAGAAACCUUCACGAGAAAUGCAGAACGCUCUUGCAGAAGAACUGGGACUUGAAAGGGGCACUGUUGCAAACUUUUUUAUGAAUGCCAGAAGACGGCAUCCAGAGCUCUGAGAGUCAAGGUACAUGUAUAUGUUUAAAUGAAAUCAGUAUAGUUGUCAAUCACGUUAAUGUUAAGCCUGCUUUUCGGAGAAGAAACAAAUUCUAACUUAGACUGCAGUUUAGGAAAUCUUUGGACCUCCAGAUGUCUUCCUUAGUGGGUAUUUUUAAGGAAAAAAAUGCUUUUCUUGUCUACGCCAUAUGCUUUUAUCAAAUUAUUCACGAUAAACGGUGUUUAUGUAAAACGGUCUGGUAAACUUAAAGUGGCUUAGAGCACAGUUUUGUUAAACACUGGCUAAACUACAUUAGUAAAAUUCAACUAGUGGUCUAUUAUCAAAGCUGUGUUCUGAUUGGUUGAGCUACUACUAGGCUAUAUUUUAUAGCCCACUAGUAGGGCAAAGUGUCGGCUUUUUGGUGGCAAAAAAGGCUUUAAGUCUAGCUUUAACUAGCUAAAGUUGUUUUGUCUCGAUAUUUUUGACCAACUAGUUGGAUUUUACUAAGGCAAUUAUUCCUCGAGUCCGAAUGGCCUCUGAGUCAAUAGCCCAUUUGGCCUUUGGCCUCAUGGGCUAUUGACUCAGAGCCCAUUCAGACUCGAGGAAUAAUUGUUAAUUAUUUUGAAUAACUGGCCCAAUGUUUUGCCACAUAAAGCUUAUUUCCUUAUAGUGAUAAUUAUAUACAUGUAUAUUAUGGUUUCUCAUGUAAGGUACAUUGUAGACACCUCUGUAAAACGGCAUAUGCUUAGUCCACUGUACAGAAGGAAAGUACUUCCCUACUUUCUUAUGAAAUAAAUUAUCACAAAACAGGCAUCUCUGUAAUGUGGGUAAUUACACUGUGGGGUUUAGCAUUGUCUGUCUGUGAAGUUACGGGAAAGCAAUAAUCAUCUGACCAUUAAAAACUGAACCAAAUCAACUAUCCAUGUUAAGCGAAUCAAUUUAUAUACACCUGAUUGAAAACACGUUGUCGCUUGAAAAGUGAAACCAUGAACAAUGGUCCUAAUGGAUUUAUGGGUAGAACUUUGUUAGCAUUGCAAUUUUAAAGCUCUUUUCAGAAAUGUUUACAUUAUCGAAGCUUUUCACGACGGUGCAUUUCAUAAAACGUCAAACCGUUUCCAGUUUUCACGGCGAAACUCACAAGUUCACCAGUGCUGGACACAUAAGAGAUUUCUACAGUUAAAGAGCGUAGCCAUAUUGCUAAUGCACACUUGAAAAUCGUAAGAUUGGACCUAAAAGCGUUCUCGGAAGACAAAAAAAAGACAACAGCAUGCCUUAAACAAAGUACUUUAGGGAUUUGCAAAAGUUUACAUUGGCACGAGCAUCUCGUGACAAUGCAAACUUUUCUCAAAAAAAACUUUGAAUUUGCUUUGCCAAUGAAUGUAUACCUAUAAAUCCUUGAAACCUCAUCGUUCAUGGUUUAUACUUUUUAGCGACAACGUUUUUUUCAAUCAGGUAUAUAAAGGAAAUAAUGAAGGUGUGUUCACAUAAAUUAGGUGGUUUUUGAUGGGUGAGCUCUGCUCCCCAUUUUGCCUUUUUUAAAACCUUUGUUCCAGGCCUUAGGACCUCUUUCAAACCUCGCAUCUGAAUUUAAUGCUAACAAGGAAAGUCUAUUAUUUUAUAUUCUUGCUCAUUUGCCAUGGAUGCAGCACUAGUGAAAUGUGACAUUUGUGCCAGGCCUUAAUAACUUGCCACAAAUGCUUCCAAAGCUCUGUAAUAUCUGAACACAGUCGUCGGUCAAUCUAAAUUUUGUUAUCAGUAUAAGAGGAGUGGCACACCCAUCUUUUACAGGCCCUCUGUUUUUCCCAUCGAGUCUGUCCCAGAUUUAGACAAUGUAAUGUAAUAUUAUUGUGUUAUUAUUAAAUUGCUUCAUCAUGUAUGCAGUGUUUGAGUCAUUGUUGUGUUAGAUAUUUUAUUGGUUACCUUAGGCCCAAGACCAAUUUAACAUCAUCUAGGGUCAGGUUGUUCAAAGCUGGGUUAAGAUAACCUAGGGUUAGUGCGAAAUUUGAAUUCAGAUAUGAAAGCUUAAAAAGUAAAUUCAGUUUAAUUCUUUUUGUCAACAAGUUGAUGAUUGAAAGCUCUUAAAAAUAACAGAGAAAACUAUCCGAGAAAAUGCUUUUGAACAAAGGAAAAAGAAACCUGGGUUAAAUUUAACCCUGGCAUAAGCGCUAAUCAGCCUUCGAACAACUGGGCCCAGUAUGUUAGCUGAUGCUGGAUAUAUUUGCUAUAUAAUACUGGAGGGUGGUUAGAGCAUUUGACUUGCAGUCCAAAGGCCCUGAGUUUGAAGGGGCUAUAUACAUGUACAUGUAUGUCACAAAAUUUGCUCUCCUUUUUUUUUUUGAAGGUAAAACUUUUUCUCAUCAGUUGAAUUCCAAAAUUAAUGGUCCAGUUUCAGUUAGGCAUUAAAACUGUGGCAAGGAUGGACAUGGAUUAAAAGUUGGAAGAGUUGGGCCAACGUUUUAACCUUUUAAGCCCCAAUAUCCACAUACAAAUUCUCCAAACUGAUCUCUAUACUUUUCCUUUAAGAAUUAGUUAAGAGAAUUUGAUAAAAGAUCAAAGUAUUUUCUCUUGGGUGAUCAUUUUAUUAAUUCUCAUAACCUAAUCUCAUUAUAAUGAAUGGAUAUCGUUAGGAGAAAAUUGCUGUUGGUCACUAUUGGGACUUAAAGGGUUAAUUAAGUGUAAAUGCUAUGCCUGCAAAAAUCACCCAAAAAUCUACAGUAGAAUUUUGUGUAUGGUUAAAGGCCCUAAGUGAUUAUGCACAGAACUGACCAACAUGUAAAACAGCAAUAUCCUUGUGACAUACAUUGUAGCUCCUUAAAGUUCUGCCCUGACUUCUAGUAGGAUUUGAGCACAGUAGUCCCAAGUGCAUAUCUUCGCCAUGCCUGUAAACUGCCACUUGCAAAUUGCAUCUUCAAAUUUUUCAAAUUCCAACCAGUUACUAUGAAAUGAAAACUGACUUUGCACUGAAUCUCUCCAAAUUACCGUUAAAUUUGAUGGUUGGGGAUUUUAACUAGACCAGUUAAAAUGCUAGAGUAAAUUUCCAUUUAAGUCAGAGAAAAACUACAUAGGUGUUUGAUAAUACUAUGUGAGUCCUAGCUUUAAUAAGUAUUUUAUUUUUUCUUUCAAUUCAGACUGUAUCUUUGUCUGGUUGAUGUUCUAUCGGUUGUUCAAGUAUCAAACAUCGGAGACAAGGAUGGGAGAGUUAAGCAUCUGGCAGUAUGGCUCCUGGCUUUGGGCUUGUAUCAAUACAGUUAUUAUUGGUGUUGUUUCUUUACAGAGCUGUACUGACAUAGCAGACCAGGUUUUAAGCUUUUUGGUGUUGCUAUAAUUAUUAUCAAUACCUUUACUGACUAUCAAAGCCAUAUAGAAUGGAAAGUGCAAGUUAUAAGAACUUUAGAAAAGUAUCCAGUGGUGAUUGUGCUAGAGGAUAAGGGAUGAGCUUUUCAAUUCACAUGUAGUUCUUAACAAUUUCCAUUUGGAUGUAAUCUCGGACCCAGAUCUCUUGUUGACAAAGCCUUGUUGACAAGAGAUCUGGGUACGAGAUUAGUUUGGAUGGUCCUCCAUUUUUUGCACUAUCUUUGUGGCUUUGCAUGAUUUUCA